CUCACCGUCAUUUAUCCUUAAUCUCAUCUCUUUCUACUUAACUUAAGAACCACAAACCACACCAUCGUACAUCAUUACCAUGCCUCCCAAGCUCCCGAGGAGUUUCGACACACCACUAGCUCCCUUUACUGGAGUAAUUAGCACCGACCUCGCAUCGGAAUUUCCUGCUGCGAAGGGCCGCUAUGCCCUCUACAUUCAUCUUGGCUGUCCUUGGGCUCAUAGAACUCAUAUCGUCUACCGUCUUAAGCAACUUGAAUCUAUUAUCGCCCUCAGUGUUGUCUCGAUUCAUCGUAAUGGCGAGAACGGAUGGAAAUAUGAUGGUACGGGUGGUUCUGAUGAAACUGAUCCUGUUGAAGGCUUCCGUAAUUUCAGGGAGUUGUAUGAGAAAGCGGACCCUGGGUUUGCAGGUAGUUCCUCCGUUCCGCUUAUCUGGGACCGUGAGAAGAAGACUAUAGUGAGCAAUGAUAGUGUUGGCAUUAUCCGUAUGCUCUUCGAUGCGUUUGAUGCUUUUCUGCCUGAGGAAAUUAGAGAGGUGAAUAAACCUGGAGGUGGUUUGCGUCCAGAGAGUUUGAAGGAAGAGAUUGACGAAUUGAGUAACUCGAUUGAAAUGAGUUACAAUUGGGGAACGUACAAGAUUGGUAUGGUUGCCUCACAAAAAGACUACGAUGGAUGCAUGAAAGCAUUGUUUGGUUUGCUUGGUGAACUCGACGAGAGGCUGGCAAAGAGCAAGUUCUUGCAUGGUGAUCAUAUCACUGAAACAGAUAUCCGGUGCAGUCAAACUUUUCGUCUCAAUCCAUUCAUCCAUUCUCGGGGCAUGAAAAUGUGUCAAAGUUUACAGGUGAAGCUUUAAUGUUAGCUUAGAAAGCCAAUUAAUGUUGUUGGUGAAGAUUCUUUCCAACCACCGUCCGUUUUGAUAUCGCAUAUUAUACAAUCUUUCGGUGCAACUGGAAGCAGAUUCGCUACGACUACCCAAACAUCCAUCGAUGGUUGAGAAAGCUUUAUUAUGAGGUCGACGAGGAAUUCAAAGGUGCAUUCAAGAGCACUACUCACUUUGACAUUGUGAGUUUGAACCUUGCCGCUUAACAUGGGUGUGUAAGAUACUGAUGUAAUGUAAAGUUUAUGGAGGGAUACGCGCUUUCUGCAAUGGGAAUGGAUCUUGUGCCUUGGGGUCCAGCCGUUCCGAUAAUGACUUUGGAUGCGUGAAAGUAGAGUGAGGUCUAUGUAGAGGGGGUUAACUCGGUUAGAGUAAGAUUACUAGUAAUGAUGGAAUGCUGUUUACGGAUUGACCGGAGCGAGAAUCUCAGUCAUUAC